UUGCCCAGAACUUCCCCUCCUCCCCAUCGGAUGCUCCUCCGCUCUCCUCUCCCACACCACUCUGCUCUCAGUUCUCCCACCGUUCCCGAGCCUCCACAGCGCAGCCGGGCGCCCAUGGAAGAGCCAUUCAUUGUUACUGGCAAGAUAAUUGGUACGAUGAUAAGAAACGGGGAAUUGGUUCCAGAAGCAGGGAUGGAGUGCCCAAACUGCAAACAUCGCAUUGAUAAUAGUGAUGUUUCAUCACAGUGGUCAGGACUCCCUAUUGGUGUUAAAUUUGAUUCAACGGAUCUUGAACUGCUUGGACAUUUAGAAGGCAAGAUUGGCAGGGCAGUGUCCCAUGUACUAAUAGAUGAUUUUAUUCCAACCAUAGAGAUGGCGGAAGGAAUCUGCUAUACACAUCCGGAAAAUCUCCCUGGUGUCAAAUUAGACGGGAUCGCCAGUCAUUUCUUCCACAAAAUAUGCAAUGCCUAUGAUGUUGGCACGCGCAAGCGUCGCAAGAUUAGGAGCAACGACUACAAAGUUUGUGAUAAGAAUCUCAGAUGGCACAAGACUGGAAAAUCCAGACAUAUCUUAGAUAAUAAUGGUGACAUAAAAGGGUGGAAGAAAAUAAUGGUUCUUAGGAAAGGAGGUGCCAAGGCAGAAAAGACUAAUUGGACGAUGCAUCAGUAUCACCUUGGGGUAGAUGAAAAUGAAAUGUACGUAUGUUGUACCAGCGGCGGAGCUUCAUGGGGGCCAACCUGGGCGGUGGCCCCCCCAGCCCAAGAAAAAUUCACCUAAUACACGUUAGUUUUUGUGCUGGAUGUUCAGUAAAAACAGGCUAAACCUCAUAGUUUUGCCCCUCCUUGGCCCAUUGCCCCUCCAAAGAUUAGGCCCAAGCUCCGCCACUGUGUUGUACUAUAUCUGUGUAUGUAUGAUGGAUCUCAGAAAAUUUUGUAUA